UUCCGUGCGGUUGUCAUCUGUGUAAAAAUGAAAGUGAACUGUAAUACUCUCUUAAUUGCAAUAGCAUUGUUAUACGUAUCAAGCCCCUUGCUGGCAAUGGAAAAUAAUAUAAAUCAGACUGCUGUUAAGUCAGAAGGAUGUGACGUGCAGGCAUAUAAGGUAGUUAGGCCUCUGUUAAACAUUUUGUAUGAAAUGAAAGCUGAAAUCGCAAAAAAUAAUAAUAAAACUGAAAGCAAGGAAAGGGAAAUGCAGAAAAGACUUGCUGAUCAGUGUAAGGAGAGCUCGGAGCUCGUAAAGGAGUUGAGAACGGAAAAUGACGAGCUUCGCGCAACAAAUUCAUUUCAUAAAGAAACUAUCGAAAAGUUAUUUAACAAUUCCUUAUCAAUCAAAAAUGAUAUUGAUCAGAUGGCUGCCUUGAAGUGCGAGUCACUUCAAAAGGAAAUAGAUACAAAUGUCGUGACCAUCAAUCAAUUAAAUAUGCACAUAUCAAAUCUGACUGCUCAGUUAAAUGCGAUAAACUUGGCCAGCACCCUGACGCAGUUACAGGACCAACUGAGAAUAAUAGAUACGAGAAUAGAACACGUAAUUCAAUUGGAACCGAGAAAACAAGUUGGCUGUGCUGCUCCUCAACAUUCCACAAAUCAUGAUGCGGUCAUCGAAGUUAAGGGCUUAAAGCCGUUCAAGGUGCUUUGUGAUAGUCAGAUAGCGGGUCCUGGAUGGACAGUUAUACAGCAGCGUAUCAAAGGCGGCGAAGAUUUUUAUAGAGAUUGGGCUACCUAUCGAAACGGCUUUGGUUCGUUUGAGGGAGACUUUUUUCUUGGUUUGCAAAAAAUACAUUUGUUGACCAGCGCCCAACGCUACGAGCUAUACAUCCAUAUGAUAGACUUUAAGGGUGCGGUGACAUACGCUCGAUACGAUAAUUUCUCCAUUUCCGAUGAGGUUGGCAAAUAUGAAUUGCUCAGCUUGGGCAAUAUCCAAGGUGAUGUUGCAGAUGAUUUGAGAUGGCACGAAAAGAUGAAAUUUACAACAUUCGAUAACGAUAAUGAUAACUGGGCAGAGGGAAAUUGCGCAAAUCAUCGCCAUGGAGGCUGGUGGUACAAUAAUUGUGUCUCAAGUUAUCUAAAUGGAAUUUACUUCAAAGGCCGUUCACAAAAUUAUAGCGGAAUAUAUUUUAAUUAUCCGAACCAAUUAAAAACACUUCUGAUGCUCAUACGUCCGUUUAACUAUUGAUUUGGCAACUUGACUUUUAACAGAACAUAUAUAUUUAAACUGCAUUUGAGAUGUAAACUAUAAAAAA